GCGGCUCCGCACCGUGACUCAUGAGCCGCCGGGGCGCUCCGGCGCGGGGAGGAUGAGGCAGGCCGCUCCCCGCCCAGGGGGGGCCCGCGCCGCCGCCGCCGGUUACCUCGUCCGCGCCGUCGCCUCGCCCGGCUCCCGGGGGCCGCGGGCGGCUUAGGUCGGUACCGGGCUGCCCCCGACGGCUCUGCCGCUGCUUGGGACCGCCGCUAGAGCAGCCGCCGCUGCCGCUUUUUGCCUUGCUUGCUGCCAGCUGCACCGCGACGACAGCACGGCCGCCCGCCGCCUCUAGCCCCGGCACCCCCGGCCUCCUCGUAGCCGGGCCGCGGGCGCGCUGCCGAGAGCCCCCCGCUGCCGCCCGGCCCCGGCGGCGGACAGAGAGAGAGCCCCGAGCCGCUGCGUCCGCCCGCGCCCGGCCGCCGGCACCGGCCUGGAGGCUGCCCCGCACACGUCCGCCCCGCACACAGCGCCUCGGCACGCGGGUGCCCCGGGCCUGCCGCCCGCCCGCGCCCAUGGGUGACUGAGAGCCCCGGGCCGGCCCCAGGCACGCAGCUCGGCCCGCGCCCCGCCGGCACCCAGCGCCCCGCCGGCACCCAGCGCCCCGCCGAGCGGGGGCCGCUGUCCGCGACCGGCUCCGUGCUGCGAACCGCUGGCGGAGCGCGUCCCGGAGCGCGUCCCGGAGCCCGUCGGACCGCGCAGCUCCCGCACGUACUUUCAAAUAGGGAGCGGGGAAGCGGCGCUCCGGAGGUGGCGCUGUCAUCGCUCCCGGGCCCUCGGUUCAGCCGCUUGUCUGUUCGGUGUGUCGGAAAGUUUAACUACCUGUAAAACCUAAAGAUGGCUGUGAGCGUCACGCCGAUUCGGGACACAAAAUGGCUAACGCUGGAAGUGUGUAGGGAGUUCCAAAGAGGGACUUGCUCACGGCCAGACACGGAAUGUAAAUUUGCACACCCAUCGAAAAGCUGCCAAGUUGAGAACGGACGCGUAAUCGCCUGCUUUGAUUCAUUGAAAGGUCGAUGUUCAAGGGAAAACUGCAAAUACCUUCACCCACCACCACACUUAAAAACGCAGCUGGAGAUAAAUGGACGCAAUAACCUGAUUCAGCAGAAGAACAUGGCCAUGCUGGCCCAGCAGAUGCAGCUUGCCAACGCCAUGAUGCCUGGUGCCCCCUUGCAGCCUGUGGUGUGUCGGGAGUACCAGCGUGGGAACUGCAACCGGGGGGAGAACGACUGCCGGUUCGCCCACCCCGCCGACAGCGCCAUGAUCGAUACCAACGAUAACACCGUUACGGUCUGCAUGGAUUACAUCAAAGGGAGAUGCUCACGGGAAAAGUGCAAAUAUUUCCACCCUCCGGCACAUCUGCAAGCCAAGAUCAAGGCCGCCCAGUACCAGGUUAACCAGGCUGCAGCUGCCCAGGCAGCAGCGACGGCAGCUGCCAUGACUCAGUCGGCUGUCAAAUCACUGAAGCGACCCCUCGAGGCAACCUUUGACCUGGGAAUUCCUCAAGCUGUACUUCCCCCAUUACCAAAGAGGCCUGCGCUUGAAAAAACCAAUGGUGCCACCGCAGUGUUUAAUACUGGUAUUUUCCAAUACCAGCAAGCUCUUGCCAACAUGCAGUUGCAGCAGCAUACAGCCUUUCUCCCACCAGGCUCAAUAUUGUGCAUGACACCCGCUACAAGUGUUGUUCCCAUGGUGCACGGUGCUACGCCAGCCACUGUGUCUGCAGCAACAACAUCUGCCACAAGUGUUCCCUUCGCUGCAACAGCCACAGCCAACCAGAUACCCAUAAUAUCUGCCGAACAUCUGACUAGCCACAAGUAUGUUACACAGAUGUAGACAUUUUGUCAUCAAACAAUCAUAACUAAGGAGAAAAGGACAGUGUGUUUGGGUUGAGAAAAGGACAAGUUCAUUAGCCAUAAUGUAUAUACCGUCAAGCAACACUCGGAAACUCCCUCAGCAGUAAGACAUCCACACAUUGCAUGUUAACGAGAUGAAACAAGAACUUGGAAAUCCACUGCACACUGUUGCCUAUAUACUUUGUACAUUUAAUUGAUAUUUGUGCUGAGGUGAUCUUAUUGUCUAAAAACUACAACAUCGUCUAUCUUUUCUAGCACAGAAGUAUGCAUAUGUAUUUGAAUAUGCAUAUGUAGUCUAUUUCCUACAUAAUCAUGUAUGUCACCUUGAAAAGACAGACUAUGGUGUAACCAUAAAUCUAUUAUGUAUUGGUACGUCUGUAGACCAAGAUAUAAUUUUUUAAAGUAAGUUUAUUUCUUUCAAGGUUUACAAAUAACAAAGGUGCACCUUGUAUUUAAAAUUGCCAUUAUAGAUGAGAGCGUGCAUGCACAGUAAUUUUUGUUUAAGAGUAAUAUUUUUAAUGUAAUAGAUUGUAAGAAGUGGUAAGAGAGGUAUCUGACAGAGAUGAAUGUGCCAAGCAAAACCACAACUGUGUAUAUUUUAAAGCACAUCAAUGGCUUUAAGUACCAUGUUGUUAAGGAUUCUCAUGAAGUGCCAUAGACUGUACAUCAGAUUAGAGUAUUAUUUCUGCAGUGUUAUUUUCAGAACCACAUUUUCACUUACUUUACUACUACUAAUCAGUCAAAGGGCACCAUUCUGUUUCAAAACCAAAGCUGUCUCAGAAAUGGCCAAUUACUCCUUACAGUAACGUUAGACAGCACAAGAGAGAUAUUCUAGCCGUACAAAUUAACCCAUACUGGACAUAUAUAUAAACUAUUUUAAGGCAUUAUAGUGUAAUAUUUAUGCGUAUUUUACUGUAUAACAUGAUAUAUGAAAGGGAAAAGCCAUUUCUGAGACACAGUAACACAUGUUUGAGGAACUUAUUUUGCUUCUAUUUAUAGCCUCUGUCGAAAGUCAAAAGGACUAUAAAUGCUUUGCAGAGAUGGGUUUCACUUUUACUUCAUCAAAGUCACGCAUUAAAUAGUGACUCUAAACAAAGACGAAAGAAGCACUGACAUCAGAUGCAUGACAAACCAAAACAUGAAAAAAUGGAGAUGUUAAUUAGCAUAGAAAUUGGGUGGGUUAAAUACUCGGGUGAGUUUUAUAUGUGACUUUUUUUGUUCAGAUUAACUGCUUAUAGCCUUAGAAAGCCUUUACAAAAUAAAAACAAAAAAUAGAUGUGCAUUCAAGUUCUAAGAAUGGAUUCAUCCAAAGGAAUUCCUUUUUGUGGUUUGGAUGUUGCAGCUAGUAAAGGAUAUUUUUGCUCUGUUCAGCAAAGUGCUGAAGUGGGGGCCAGGUCACUGGUAGCAUAGCGUGGAGUGGAAGAAGCGCGAGUUCGGUUGUAGAACUCUCCAUACUUCCAAGUUUACUGCAAGUUUUUAUGCUUGAGAGAGAUGCUUUAUAGUAUAAGAAUGAUGUGUUGAUUUUACUGAUUGUACUGUACAUCUAUUAAAGCCUUAGAUUAUUACAUUACGGGUUAAAACCCAUACCAAUGUAAUUUCAAUCGUGUUAAGAAAGUAUAGGUGACUUCACAUGUUAUUGUAGUUACUUAACAUUAUAGAAUAUUACUUAUUUUUUUCUUGUUAAAAGUGUAGUUUUUAUUUCUUACAUUUAUUAGAUUGUUUUCAUUUUCUAUUACCAGUUGAAUACCAUUUCAGUUUAUAGAAUUUUGUUUUAUUAGAGUUUACUGAUGAAUUUUUCAAAAUACAAAAAAAAAGUAGUUUUCUUCAUAACAUACUCAGUUUUGAAUUUACAUGUAGUGUCAUAUGAAUAUUCGUAUUAUUGUUGACUAAAUGAUUUAUAUUUUACUGAUUUAAUAUUACAAUGUAAGAAUGUCAGUCAUUGUUAGUUCUUGUCUAGUUUUCAUUAAAAGAACAAAGAUCUUUUAUAUGGAUAUCUUAUAAUUAUAUAAUCAUUGCUAAGUAAGAAGUUAAGUUGUUGCUAUCGCAACAAUCCUGGCAGACAAUUGAGUAAUAUUUUGAUGAUUUAUUUUGUUUGUAAUUAGUUAUUAUGAGAAAAUCUAGUUCCUAGAUAUUAGAAUAAAAUUUAUUUUCUACUGUAUCCAUUUCAAAUGUUAAAAUAUUGUUUAAAUAUUUUUUGAAAUCCCUGAAUAUCAGGCCUUGUUAUAAAUAAGCUGCAUAAUCAAUAGAUCAAGGGACGUUUUGUGGAUAAUCCAAAUAUUCAAAGUUUACGUAACAAGAAUUAUAGUGUGUGUGUGCAAACUCUUGAGGGUUGAUUAUGCUGCAGUUUAGCAUGUGGGAACGUAUAGAGAGAAGGUUGACUUUUUGCACUUCUGUAUAUAGUCAAAAAAGAGAGAAACCUGUAUAAUAGUAAGAUCUUAUUUUGAAUAAAAAUGUCUAUAAUUACAAGGAGUUUUGUUAAGGCUAAUAAAAUGACAGGCUGAACAAAAUUGCUUGCAAAAGUGGCACAGAGUUAGCACUCCAUACCCCUUCAAAAAAGUUGCUUUGCUUUAUGUGGACAGCUUGUAGUUUGCCAGGAUUUUUUCAGCUGGAAAGAUAUGCCAUCCUUCCAAGAUCUCAUGACUGACAAAAGCUCCACUGGUUCAAAUCUGCCUGAAAAUCAUUAAUAAAAAAAAAAAAAGAAAAAAAAAAGAAAAAAAAGGCAAAAAAAAGCAGGUACUUCAAACCAUCAAGGUGAAAUCAUGGAUCAAAUAUUCCGUACAUUAUUCAAAAACUACUGCAUGUUUAAAGUAUCAAAAAUAUAUUAAAGGUAUAUACUAUUCAAACCAGUUUCUGACAAUUUCAGUGGUUUAUUGUUCACAAAAAAGAUUCUUCAAAACAAAUACUGACUUUCACAAAAAAGUUAAAUCAUGAACAGGCAAACCAAACAGCACACCGUAGCUGUAGUUGUUAUGUGAUUAUUUUUUAUUGCUGUAGUGGUCCUGUUCUUUUAGCAGGUGAAAAAAAAACAACUAUGAAAUUUUACAGUUUUAAUGGAAAGCAUUCAAGAAGCCUUGUCAUUAUUUAUGCCAAAGCUGGAAAGAAAAAGUGAUCGGGCCAUUCCUUUAUCUGAUCUCUCCAGUACUCAUACUGAAUAAUGAAUAAGUUGCACUUAUUUGCAACCCCGCAACUUUCAUCUGCUGAAAGGACAGAUGUGCUUGGUUUUACUAUUAUGUAAUCACAGACUUACUUUUUGCUUGUAGUUGCUCCAAAUUAUGUACUCUGUCCUGGGCUGCAAUUUGUUUUUAUGCUUAUUUUAUUAUUACUGCUAUAGUUGACCUUGCUGUAUGGAAAAAUAAAGUGAAAUUGCCCUAAUAAAAGUUCUCUUUCUUAA